CAAUCAACAUUUUUUUUUCAUUCACUCAAUUCUCCAUUCCAAAGAAGUUUCAUCGAUUUGUGUCGUUUUCAUGAAUUUAUUUUAGAAAUAAUAGUAAUAGAUAUAAUUUGGUUGCAUUUUUUAUCAUAGAUCAGUUUGUUUCUUCAAAUUAACAAAUUUCAAAAUGAGUUCAGGAGGUACUCGCGUUUAUGUCGGUGGUCUUGUAGAAGGUAUCAAAAAAGAAGAUUUGGAACGAGAAUUUGACAAAUAUGGCAAAUUAAAUUCAGUUUGGGUUGCACUUAAUCCCCCUGGUUUUGCGUUCAUAGAAUUUGAAAACAUGCAAGAGGCGGAAGAUGCGUGUAGUGCGAUGAACGGAUUUGAGAUGUUAGGCGCGACGCUAAAAGUAGAAUUGUCCAGAAAAAGAGACGGCCCGCGCAGGAACGGUGGCGGUAACUUUAGGGGAGGUCGUGGGGGUGGCGGUGGAAACUUCAGGGGUGGCCGGCCUUUUGGUGGACAGGGCGGAAACAGAUCCUUCAACUCGUACGGGGGCGGACGGCAAGGUGGUUUCAAUCGUAAUGGGUCUGGUAACGGUUAUGGAUCAGGCAACGGUGGUGGUGGUGGCAACUUCAGAUCUCGGUCACCACUCUCCCGAUUUUAAUUUAGUUCUAGACAUAAGUUAGGUAUUAGUGUUAUCGUAAUCUGAAGCCUUCCAAGUGUUAAAUUCAAUGAUUUGUAAUACUGGGGGGUUAAACUCGCAAGGAGUUUGAUUUGUCUCAAGGAAUUACAGUUCCUUGCAUUGGGUGCACUCAAGACAACUAGUUCUUCAUAAGUUUUUGAAGAAUUUUUGAACAAUCUUCAGUGAUCAUUUAACAUUUUUGCCUAAAUGCCCUACUUCUAAGUUACAUAUAAAAUAAAAAGAAUAUAAUUAUGAAA